UAUUUUAGAAUUCAUUAAAGGCAUUGGCGCGAGCGUGUUUCGUAAUUCCACAAAGCACUUUGCGGUGGAAAUUACAAAAAUGAGCAAGAUCUAUGGCCCAGUGUUUACUCUAUGGAUCGGACCAUUACCAUUUGUGUUUAUAUGCGACCUGAAUAUGGCUCGCGAGUCGUUUAACAAGAUUGAUUUUACCGGACGCCCUCUUUCGCAAUUAGGUAGCAUAUAUUGUAAUGCGAAACAUAAAGACGUUAUUUACGACGAUUACAUUUACAUCAAAAUUGAUAAUAGAAAGUACGCAAAAUCAAAGGCCUUGUCUGAAUUGGUGGACCAUAAUGUGUGUCAAAUGGUCCGACGGAUUAUAGCUGAUAAUGAGGGUAUGGAUCGACCGUUUUCGUCGCACGACUACGUGUAUGAUGUGUUCGCAAAUAUUUUAGCCUCAAUCGUGUUUAGCGAAAAAUUGGAUAGUGAACAGGCUGAAUUGAAAAUGUUGAAAUACAUCACGUCUGACUUUCAAACUGAUCUUGGUAACACACUAUUUCUAUACGAGUUUAUACCUGUGUUGCGCUAUUUUAUGGCCAACCCUUUGAUCAAAUAUAAGCAACAUUUUGAUCAUCUCAUGGAUUAUACGCGAAAUAUAUACCAAAAACACGACCAAACAUAUGAUGGGAACAAUUUGAGGGACUUUUGCGAUAUACUUAUCGCCGCCAAACACGACGCCAUUGCCGACGACAAACGGACGGCACCCUAUUUUACCGAUGAUAACCUGCCCGCCGUCUUGAUUGAUAUGUUUACAGCUGGCACUGAAACAAGUCAGACAACAUUUCAAUGGAUACUGUUGUAUUUGGCCUAUUAUCCGAAUUACCAGGAUAAGUUGCGCGCAGAGAUUAGCCGAGAGAUUGGCGAUCGGGUGCCGGUAGUAGACGACAAGUGCCGCUUAAACUACACGAUGGCCUUUAUAUCGGAAAUAUUACGGCACAGAAAUCCCCUACCAAUAGGACUAUUUCAUAAGACUAUGGUUAACACCAAAUUGGCUGGUCACUCUAUACCUGAAAACACCAAGAUCGUAUUGAAUCAGUACUCCAUUCUGACCGAUCCAAAGCACUGGGAAAAUGCGGACGUAUUUGAGCCAGAAAGAUUUCUGGAUAAUGGUGGUGAAUUUAUACGUACAAAACCCGCGGCUUAUAUACCGUUCAGUUACGGUCGUCGUAUAUGUCCGGGCGAAACGUUGGCUAUCAAUGACAUAUUUUUGGUCCUGUUGACUAACGAUUAUCGCAUUGAACUUUAUAACGAGCAUGGUCGUGAAAACAAUCUUAAUCAGCUCGAGCCCCAUGCGGCGAAUACAAAU